CACAAUUGGCUAGCUCAAACCUUUUUUGAGCCAAGGCACAUUUUUUGCGUUGAAAAAAUGCGGAGGCACACCACCAGCAGAAAUCAUUAAAAAACAAAACUCAGUUGACAGUAAAAAGUCGUCGUCGCAAUUGUUGCAUAUGACUUUAAAGCAUAAGCAACCAUGCAUCAAUAUAGCGCUUGUCUCAAAGUAGUUGUACUGUCACCACCUGUCACAUCACGCCCUGUCUUAUUUGGACUUUUUUGCUGUUUUCCUGUGUGUAGUGUUUUAGUUUUUGUCUUGCGUUCCUAUUUUGGUGGCUUUUUCUCUUUUUUUGGUAUUUUUCUGUAGCAGUUUCAUGUCUUCCUUUGAGCGAUAUUUCCCGCAUCUACUUUGUUUUAGCAAUCAAGAAUAUUUCAGUUGUUUUUAUCCUUCUUUAUGGGGACAUUGUUGAUUGUCAUGUCAUGUUCGGAUGUACUUUGUGGACGCCGUCUUUGCUCCACAGUAAGUCUUUGCUGUCGUCCAGCAUUCUGUUUUUGUUUACUUUGCAGCCAGUUCAGUUUUAGUUUCGUUCUGCGUAGCCUUCCCUAAGCUUCAAUGACUUUUCUUAGGGGCGCUCACCUUUGGUUUAUUUUUAGUUUAAGCAUUAGACACCUUUUUUACCUGCACCCUGCCUCCCGCUGUUUCCGAAAUCUACAAAGUAAUUAGCUACCUGCUGCCACCUACUGAUAUGGAAGAGUAUUACACGGUUACUCUGCUGACACUCAACAACAACACAUCAUUUGCAGACUAUAAUUACUAGUUUGCAAAGAAUAUUUUUUACCCAAAUAGGUGAAAUUAGAUAAUCUCCCCGGAGAUUAUCAGUGGUUGAAAAACAUUGGGCUAUUGUAUGUUAGCAUUAGUGGUUUAACAGCUCACAAUUGUUUUACAAUGCUCUUUAGGGCAAUGCGUUGUGGGGGCUAGGUAGACACACUUGUCGUGUACAGUAUUUGUUUACAAUGUGAAAGCGAGCAACAAACCGGAUUAAAAUGGAUCGUACAGAGAAAACUGCACCCUAUUCCAAAAUGGUGGAUUCGACUCAAACUAGCUACUGUACAAGCACAUCCAAUGGACGAGAGAUUUGAGUAAAAGUGCCGCCAAACUACAUUUCAUCAACUGAGUCGGUUUUAAUACCGGCAAAGAAUUGACUUUUUUUGAACAUUGACUUUUGUUCAAAUCUACGGCUUUCAUCUCUUCUGUGUCCGAGAUGGGUGAGGGCCUCGUUUCAUAAGCAGGGUUACCCGGAAAAAAAACCGAGCCCAUUAUUACUUUUAAAUGCUUUGAUCACUGCGGAAAAAAACACUCGUCCUUUUUGUACUUACCCAUGAGGGAAAAAAAGUAAACGGACAACGUGCUUUUUACUGCACGUUGUUCGUAGAUGCGCCGCAGCUGGCUUAAAGGCCUACUGAAAUGAAUUGUUUUUAUUUAAAGGGGAAUAGCAGAUCCAUUCUAUGUGUCAUACUUGAUCAUUUCGCGAUAUUGCCAUAUUUUUGCUGAAAGGAUUUAGUAGAGAAAAUCGACGAUAAAGUUCGCAACUUUUGCUCGCUGACAAAAAAAUCCUUGCCUGUACCGGAAGUAGCGUGACGUCACAGGAGGUAAUAUUCCUCACAAUUUUCCUUUGUUUACAAUGGAGCGAGAGAUAUUCGGAGCGACAAAGCGACGAUUACCCCAUUAAUUUGAGCGAGGAUGAAAGAUUUGUGGAUGAGGAACGUUAGAGUGAAGAACUAGAGGCAGUCCAGGACGUAUCUUUUUUCGCUCUGACUGUAACUUAGGUACAAGCUGGCUCAUUGGAUUCCACACUCUCUCCUUUUUCUAUUGUGGAUCACGGAUUUGUAUUUUAAACCACCUCGGAUACUAUAUCCUCUUGAAAAUGAGAGUCGAGCACGCGAAAUGGACAUUCACAGUGACUUUUAUCUCCACGACAAUACAUCGGCGACACACUUAGCUACUGAGCUAACGUGAUAGCAUCGUUCUCAAAUGCAGAUAGAAACAAAAUAAAUAAAUCCCUGACUGGAAGGAUAGACAGAAGAUCAACAAUACUAUUAAACCAUGUACAUGUAACUACACGGUUAAUAAUUCUCAGCCUGGUAAAGCUUAACAAUGCUGUUGCUAACGACGCUAAGGCUAACUUAGCAACUUAGCAACCGGACCUCACAGAGCUAUGAUAAAAACAUUAGCGCUCCACCUACGCCAGCCAGCCCUCAUCUGCUCAUCAACACCCGUGCUCACCUGCGUUCCAGCGAUCGACGGCGCGACGAAGGACUUCACCCGAUCAUCCGUGGGUUUGGCGGCUAGCAUCGGCUAGGCGUCUGCUAUCCAAGUAAGUAGUCCUUGUUGUGUUGCUGCAGCCAGCCGCUAAUACACCGAUCCCACCUACAACUUUCUUCUUUGCAGUCUCCAUUGUUCAUUAAACAAAUUGGAAAAGAUUCACCAACACAGAUGUCCAAAAUACUGUGGAAUUAUGAAAUGAAAACAGAGCUUUUUCUACGGGCUCCGAAUACUUCCCUUGCCCUCGUGACGUCACACGCAUACGUCAGCAUAAUAAAACGUUUUUAACCGGAAGUGUGGCGGGAAAUUUAAAAUUGCACUUUAUUGGCAUGUGUUGCAAUGUUAAGAUUUCAUCAUUGAUAUAUAAACUAUCAGACUGCGUGGUCGGUAGUAGUGGCUUUCAGUAGGCCUUUAAGAAAACGCUUAACUGGCAACAGAUAACAAAUAAACAACAUAAAACAUGCUUUGAUUCAAACGUAAUAGUCUGACUAUACCGUGAACACACCAACAUGUGCCAGGUAAUGGCGCUAUAAUGGAGGUUUGUCGCUUUUGCAGAGUCAUACCAAAGACUAUAAAAAUGGGAGCCAUUACCUCCCUGCUUGGCACUCAGCAUCAAGGGUUGGAAUUGGGGGUUAAAUCACCAAAAAUGAUUCCCGGGCGCGGCCACCGCUGCCGCCCACUGCUCCCCUCACCUCCCAGGGGGUGAUCAAGGGUGAUGGGUCAAAUGCAGAGAAUAAUUUCGAAUCAAUCACAACGACAGCCAUUGUGGCCGUUAUUGAUGCCGCGUGUUCACGACAUAUUAGCAACUUGGUAAAGUAAAAAAAACACAAAAAAAACGCAACUUAAAGACAGAAUCCUAAAGAUGCUAUUUCGACCCAUGAUGCAUUGCGUUUCCACGUCACUUUCAAGCCCGAUAUUUUUCACAAUCACUAAGUUUCUUUAAAUUGGUGUCUCGUCAACGCAGUCCGAGAGAAGCAACCCAAAAUUUGUAGUCAUGUUUUUUGUUAUGAUAGAAUAUACCUUCAAUGACUGCUAACGCUAACUAGCCAAAUCAUUAUUAGCCAACAACACCCAAAGCGCAUGCGCGUGCACGUUACAUACGUACGUAGUGACGUCAUUACGUUCUGGAAGCCGGGCGGCAUAUAUACUGCGUGAAGGACAUUGACACACACGGAGUGAUAUCGAACUGUAUUGGACUUCCGAUGUCCGAACGUAUGGUCUACCUGAUGAGGGUUGCCGUAACGCGCAUGCGCCAGAGCGGACGUUCCCGGGCGGCACGACUUCCGUCAACAAGGCACCGGGCGGCGACACGGAUGGACUCCAAACUCCCGCCAGAUUUGUGUGAACUAAAGCUCACUCGCACGACGCAACAGACGUGGCGAUGACGUCACCAAAGCCCUGUCGGGACGGCGCGACGAGACGCGGCCGCACUCCCGGUUUCCCCCUCCGCGAGAAGAGGCGGGGCCAGCUUCUUCCGGUGCUCACACCGCCCCCACCUUGGUUACCAUGGUAACAAGGCAACCAGUUGAUGGGCAGGUGUGGACCCGGUGGGUGUAAAGGCGGAACGAUGACGGUACUCAGUCAGGUGCUUGCUAAAGCCACGUCACGUCCACUCCGCUUCCCCUCUGCCUCUCUGGCCCAUCCAGGUCGCCCCCUGUAGACAUGUCCAAGAGGUUGAUCCAGAACCUCGCCAAGACCAUCUCCAAAAAUGUGGACCACUUCAACAAAACGGAGGUGGAGUGCCUCAUUAGGGAGUUCCACUCCUUGCUGGGCCAGCCCAACAGCGCCGGGAAAAGCGACAACUUGGACGAAAGAAAGUUCAAAGACAUUCUGAAGAACGACUUUGGACUCAUCAACGACACCAUCAUGGAGAGAGUCUUCAGGUCAUUUGACAAAGACAAUGACGGCUUUGUCAACGUCAAAGAGUGGGUGGAGGGCCUGUGCGUGUUCCUCCGUGGGUCCUUGGAUGAGAAAAUCAAAUACUGCUUCCGUGUGUACGACCUGAGCGGCGACGAACACAUCUCCAGAGAGGAGAUGCUGCUGAUGACCAGGAACUGCCUGCGACUGCAUGGAGAGGAGGACCCCUUUGACGGGAUCAAAGACCUGGUGGAGAUCACACUCAAGAGGAUGAAUCAAGCCUUGGAGUUGUCCAGCACUCAUGGACCUCCAGUGUUCCUCAGCUGGACUCUCAACCGAAGCUCCUCCUCCAGUGUUGACGCCCAUCGUGUGGAGAUCUGCAGGCAUCUGGGAGAGAAGCUGGGCCUGCGGGAUGGAGAAGAAGGCUUCUUGAGACCAUGUCAGCAGGUCUCGUCAGUACAUCAAGUCUUUGUGGAGCCUCUGUCGUCGGAUGACUGGGAGAUCUUGGAGCUCCACAGCGGCGCGCUCGAGGAGCAUCUUUUGGAUCAGAUAAGAGUCGUUUUCCAACAUGCCGUCUUCCCCGUAUGGGUGGACAACCACACGGUCAUCUUCAUCCAGAUAGUGUCCUUGUCGCCGUCUGUGCCUUUUGGUCGCCUGGAGCCCUUCACAGAGCUCAUCGUGUCCCCAAAGAACCACACCGCUCGCCCCGAGGGUUCCUCUCAGCCUCCUCACGGCGUGUCAGAUCCACCGUCCCAAACUGUGUCCACCUCUGUGCCUCAGAGUCAGCAGUGGGGCCUAAAAAGUCUGUUUGGUUACAUGACAAAGGGCACACGUGACCCAAUCAAGGAGCUCCCCUCUGUACCGGAUGUCCCCGCCCUCCUCCAGGACUCGCGCUACAGAGUAUGCGGUGCACCUCCCCUGUCUCUCGGCGACGCGAGCCACGUCGCUCCAAGCGUGCUCCACGUCUUACCUUGGGGCCACGGAUCGGAUGCCAGCCUCACUGGAGGUCUGCCCGCAGUGACCUUUGGCCUGCUCUCCAGGGUGGCUUCCCCCAGGGAGGCCAAGGAGAGAACUAAGUCGGCCGCGGAGAAACAGAAGGAGGGAGCUGGCGAGGAGGUGAAAGAGGAAGCCACGGUGGUUCGUUUGAUAUGCCAUGAUGUGGACGAGCUGGCAGAGGAGCAAAGAAGGCCCAGCAAGGGAAUGAUCCACUGCGGGAAAGUCUGGAUCCCACCACCUUUGACCACCAGACUUAACAUCUCGCCACACUCCACAGUGAGAAUUAGGCCGGUAAAAUCGACAGUGAAAGUUGCAUCCUCCAUUCGCCUCCAGCCUCUAAAUCAACUGAAGCAAGAGGACGAAGUGGAUGAGAUCCAGACCGCCUUCCUCGGCUGGCUGCACACUCAAAGUCACCAACCUUUGGCCUGUCUGACGCCGCGCUCCGGCUCCGUCCUCCUUCACGGCACCGACGCCAAGUUAGAGUUUGCUGUGACGGUGCUGAAACCAGAACCAGAGAGCGACCCAGCAGACCAGCUGUUUCUGCUCGCGCCGUCCGUUUUGCAGAAGAAGCACAUACAAGUCGUCAGAGAGGCUGCCGUCACAUCACCUGCCAACGAUGUACCUGACCCAGCAAAGCAAGAACUUCCCUCAUUAGAGACGCUGGGUGGCGUUGACGAGGUGAGCAGGAGAAGCUUUGAGUUCAUCUCUCACAGUCUGCUCGCUUCCCCGUUGGCCAGAGAGCUUGGAGUGAUGGCACAAGGCCUCAGAGGAGGAGCGCUGCUCAUCACCGGCGCUAAGGGCAGUGGAAAGAGCGCACUCUCUCGCGCCCUCUGCAGAAGAGCAGCGGAUGAGCUGGAUGCACACGUGGAAGUGUUGGAGUGUAAAACGUUGCAAGGAAAAAGGGCGGAGACGGUGCGACAGACGCUGCAGGACGUUUUCAGGCAUGCACAAUGGCAGCAGCCCUCCGUGGUCCUACUGGAUGACCUGGAUCACGUCACGCCGGCGCCCUCUACGCCCGAGCACGAUCAAGGCCCAGAGGCGCUGCUUCACCUGCACAUCGCACAAAGUUUGAUGGACAUCGUGGACCAACUAGUAGACGACAACAGUCUGACGUGUUUGAUCGUCACCAGCCUCAGUCAGCAAUCCUUACACAACAAACUCACUUGCGUGGAAGGAACACACUUCUUCCAGGGAUUCACACACAUACAACCACCUGACCAGGCUCAGAGAGCGGACAUUUUGCGUCGUCUGAUCCAAACAAGGUGUCCUCAAAGCUCUGUGACCUUUGACCUGGAGGCUGUGGCCAAGAAGAUGGAGGGAUACCUUCCUCAGGAUGUGGCGGUGCUGUUGGAGAGAGCUGUCCAUGCCAACACUGCGCGAGGCGGACGCCAUCACGCCGGGGUGUGUUUGUCCCUGCAGGACUUUGAGCAGGCUCUUGAGGGCUUCACACCUCCCUCCCUCUGGGGAGUGGACCUCCAUACUCCUAGUGGGCCCGGGCUGGAUGGGGUGGGAGGACUGACGGAGGUGCGACAGCAGCUCAUGGACACCAUCAUGUUACCAGCAAAGUAUCCCGUCCUGUUCGCCAACCUCCCUAUUCGCCAUCGCUCAGGCAUCCUCCUCUACGGCGCGCCAGGCACCGGCAAAACCCUGCUGGCCCGAGCCGUGGCCAAAGACAGCGGCAUGAACUUCAUCGCCAUCAAGGGACCAGAACUCCUGAGCAAGUACAUCGGAGCGAGUGAGCAGGGGGUCCGGGAUGUCUUUCAGAGGGCUCAGGCGGCCAAACCUUGCAUUCUCUUCUUUGACGAGUUUGACUCUCUGGCGCCCAGGAGGGGUCAUGACAGCACGGGCGUGACGGACCGCGUUGUCAAUCAGCUGCUGACUCAGCUGGACGGCGCCGAGGGCCUAAAAGGCGUCCUCGCUGCCACCAGCCGACCGGACCUCAUCGACCCGGCUCUGCUGCGACCCGGACGCCUGGACAAGUCACUGUACUGCCCCUUGCCUGGACGGGAAGACCGCCUGGCCAUCCUGAAGGUUCUGAGCGCAGGUGUCCUCAUGGCGCCCGACGUGGACCUGGAGGAGCUGGCGUCGCGGACCGGAGGCUUCACUGGGGCCGACCUGAAAGCACUGCUGUACAACGCCCAGCUGGAGGCGCUAAACGGCAGUCUGGAAGCUGACGCUGCAACACAUGAAGGGCUGACAUGCAACAUGAGUCUCUCCUCCAUGACGUUUCCCAACCACAGCAGCAGUUCCGACGACCCGGUGGAUGAGGGGCACGCUCGAGCGAGCCCGGAACCUUCCAAAGAACAACAACAUGGCGGCAAUCUGUGGAGACUCUACUUUGGAAGCCCCCUUGAAUCUGAGUGUGGGAAUUCAGCAGCAGCAGCAGCAGCAGACGUGUGCGUCUCUCAGUCCGACUCCCUGAGCCUCAACCCCUCGACCCGCGCUCCCUCUCUGCCCCCCCUCACCAUGUCCUCCCUCCGUAGCGGCUUAGAGGAGCUGACUGAUGAGCAUCUUCAGCGCCUCCAGGAGGACAUCAGUCACAUCAAGAGCAACUAUUGCAAAGCAAAGGGGGAGCGGGUGUGGGUCCAGUCGGCCUCCACACAGCCGGGCAUCCUGCUACGUCCAGCGCACCUGCACGCCGCCCUGGACGUCACCAGGCCGUCCCUCAGCGACGACGAGUGGCGCAGACACGCAGCACUGUAUGAAGCCUUCAGAGGUUCGGCAGCUCCAACAUUCCGACCUGGACAACGCGUGACGCUAGCCUGAUGGUGACGUAACAAAACACUGUGACUUAUUUAAUUACUGGACAAUAUUUGUCACUGUCGUUUAGAAUGUAAAGAAUAUUUCAAAUCUAAGUUUAAUUUGGUAUACUUUUUGUAUUGGCCGUAAAGAAGAAAGGAGCUGGCAGCCUUUAGUCUUUCAACCUUUAAUGUAAACAGCAGUUGUGGGGGGAAAAUGUUUAAAUAGGAAGGCAAAGGGAGGGCAAGUGACUGUGGGGGUAAAAUACUGUGUAUAUAUAUAUAUAUAAAAAAAAACAUACUAGAAAUAAUCAUGUCUUUAAAUUAAAAAAAUACAUUAACUUUCAAAUUCUAAAGCUUCCCUUUGCAAAUGGAGUCACAGUCGAAAGCGAUCACGACGCGAUAAAGAAAAUAUUGCUCAGGAAUGUUGAGUACAGCAGUUGUUGAAACGAAGGAUGGUAGGCGGGACAACAAAAUAUCGUAACAGUCGUCAGCUGACAGGAAAAGAAGUGAGUGUAUACUUCGGCUGUGUGAGGAGUAACAUUUAGCUGCCACAAAUACUGUCUGUGUGUGACGUGACAGGACAUAGCAACAAGCGUGUGGACUAAACAAAGAUGGCUGCCCCAUCACUACCUGCACUGAAAGCCCUGAGGACAAAUCAUAAGAGAAAAAGGCAGAAAGAGGAUUAAGGAAUCAUCUCCAUGGUAACUGGUGGUUGUAUUGUUUGGUGGCAUCACAGUUCAUCUUGUGCGGGGGGGAGGAGGGCUAGUUACAAUCGUAAACAAAGUCAUAGUUGCUAGGCUCUUUGGGAAUGGGAGGCGGAGCCUCUGGAAUCUGGAUGUUUUCGAGGUCCAAGAGGCGGAGUUUCAUCUCCAUGGAGAGCAGAGUGUCCAUGUCGGAUUUGGUGUAGUCGCUGGCCAUCUCCUUGCCCAGCAGGGCGUUCAGACCGUCCGUCCACACGCAGUACUGAAAUAAAUGCAACUAGAAUAACUACCAAUUCAAUCAGCACGAGGGCUGGACAAUUAAAACUACUUUUAAUCUCUCACGAACAUUAAAAUAUAACGGGAAAAAGUGAUUACUGCCACGCAACGUGCAUGCAAAUUCCUGAAAAUUGUGCUCUUUUUUAAAAAUCUCACCAUGGUUGGUACUUUUUAUUUGAUAUCGCGCUAAAUGCAACAAACAAUGCCAUAAGAUUUAGUGUUAAGGAAUGUGCUGUUAAACGAAUAUCAAGAAAUAAAUAAAAUGCUGUCAUUGUGAGUAGAAUGAACAUUUGUUUGUGAAAGUAAUUUGUCCGAUUCUGCUCAUUACCGUCCCGCCCUAAAUAAUGUUGGUACGGUCACUUGAAAUAGCGUCGAAACUAUAAAGCUAAAGCCGACAAGAACGAUCCACAACACAUCUUAUCUGCUUGUGUUGUUGUGAACUAUCGAUGUAAGCUCAACGUACAAACAGCAGUCACACUCUGAACAGCAGCACACUUCACAAUAACAGCGCUGUGUGCAACAUCCGGUCUGACCGCGCUAACAAAAUAAAUGUUUCAAAAAAGUAACUUACACAAGUAUAACUUACUUAAAGCUAUCAUUGAUACAUUUACAAAAAUACUAGUCAAUAUUGUCCAAAGACAUAUUGCAUUUAAUUAAAUUGUAUUAUGACACAACAGAAUAAAAAAAAAUCUAACAUUUAUUAUAUCAGUUUGUUCUAGUCGUACUAUAAAUACUGUAUUUUUCGGAGUAUGAGUCGCUCCGGAGUAUAAGUCGCACCGGCCGAAAAUGCAUAAUAAAGAAGGAAAAAAACAUAUAUAAGUCACACUGGAGUAUAAGGCGCAUUUUUUGUGGAAAUGUAUUUGAUAAAAGCCAACACCAAGAAUAGACAUUUGAAAGGCAAUUUAAAAUGUCUAAAGAAUAGUGAACAACAGGCUGAAUAAGUGUACGUUAUAUGAGGCAUAAAUAACCAACUGAGAAGGUGCCUGGUAUGUUAACGUAACAUAUUAUGGUAAGAGUCAUUCAAAUAACUAUAACAUAUAGAACAUGCUAUACGUUAACAAACAAUCUGUCACUCCUAAUCACUAAAUCCCAUGAAAUCUUAUACGUCUAGUCUCUUACGUGAAUGAGAUAAAUAAUAUUUGAUAUUUUACGGUAAUGUGUUAAUAAUUUCACACAUAAGUCGCUCCUGAGUAUAAAUCGCACCCCCGGCCAAACUAUGAAAAAAACUGCGAUUUAUAGUCCGAAAAAUACAGUACCGUACUUUCCCGAGCUUGGAACUCUGCGGCUUAUCUAUGGAUUUUGUUUCGCUGACGUCUAAAUUACGCAAAUCAAACAAUGUACUAAAAUAAAGUAAACUCAAGUGUUUACAGAGUAAAUAAUCCUGAUAAACAUUUUAUUAAUCUCAAAGGGUGAAUAAAGACAUCAAUGAGUUUUCUGUUUUGUUUGAUCAUCCGUUUUACUGCCGUGUUACAAACAUCGUUUGGAAACAUUUACAAAAUAAAUCUAUGUACCGUAUUUUUCGGAUUAUAAAUCGCUCCGGAGUAUAACUUGCACCGGCCGAAAAUGCACAAUAAAGAAGGAAAAAAACAUAUACAAGUCGCAUUUUUGGGGGAAAUGUAUUUCAUAAAACCCACCACCGAGAAUAGACAUUUGAAAGGCAAUUUAAAAUAAAUAAAGACUAGUGAACAACAGGCUGAAUAAGUGUACGUUAUAUGAGGCAUAAAUAACCAACUGAGAACGUGCCUGGUAUGUUAACGUAACAUAUUAUGGUAAGAGUCAUUCAAAUAACUAUAACAUAUAGAACAUGCUAUACGUUUACCAAACAAUCUGUCACUCCUAACCGCUAAAUCCCAUGAAAUCUUCUUCCUCUGUGUCACUUUUAAACAACUUUGCCAACUCCAAAGGUAGACAAUGCGGCCGCUUCCUCUUCUAUCGGUACGUCGUUUACGUCAGAGUCAUCGUCAGUUGCAGUUCCAAUUAUUCCAGCCUUUCUGAAUCCGGACAGGAUGGUUUCGGUUGUCACUGAAUUUUUAUUGGUUGACGUGUGUGUGUGACGAUUGCUGAUACACGCCUAGUCUCUUACGUGAAUGAGCUAAAUAAUAUUAUUUGAUAUUUUACGCUAAUGUGUUAAUAAUUUCACACAAAAAUCGCUCUAGAGUAUAAAUCGCACCCCCGGCCAAACUAUCAAAAAAAAAAGGGAUUUAUAAUCCGAAAAAUACGGUAACUAUCACAUUUUCACAACUAACCAGUAUAUAUAUAUGUAUGGCCUAUAGUCCGGUGUGGCUAUUAUGACAUUUUUUUUUCUUGUAAAAUGUAAUGGGUGUGGCUUAUAGUCCGGAAAAGACAUUAGUCAUGUUUUCAACAUCAUCCGAAAUAAAGUGAUUAUUUUUGCCAAAAUCGUCCAGCCCUCCCUCUGACAUAUUCCAUCCAAGCAAGAAAACAGUGAUUGACAUUUGUUGUUAUUGUCUUACCUCAUGUUUGUCCGGGGCGAUAAAGUUUAAAUACUCGUCCGACUCGUAGAGGACUGAGAAGGCCAGCUCCAGCACCUCCUGGAGAAAUGAUCACAAAGUUGUAAGAAGACUUGUGGAUUAUAUGAAGACUAUUCUUCGCUAAUCUUCUUAAAAGGAAGGGAUAACUUCUCUUCAGUAGAGUUGAGUCCUCGUCGUGUUGUGGCAAAUAUCCCCAACAAUGUAAUAAUGAGUGCUUCCCUCUGGGCAUGGAUGGGGAGCACAUUGCUGGACCCCUCUUGUCAUUGCAAAUAUUAUUUUUAACGCUGCCAUUCCUUUGUACUACAAACAUUGUUUUAAUGUGAUGUCAUUCAUAACCAGCCUCCACCUUGUGAAAAUCUACCCAAACUUGCCCCAUUCAUAAAAACUGUAAUAGUAAGACAAAAAUGUUUGCAGCACUAAUGGGGAGAUUUAGACGAGGUGGGCGGGGCUGGAUGAUGGCUCAAGUCAGAAAAUAUACAGUACAGGCCAAAAGUUUGGACACACCUUCUUAUUCACAACACAACUGAUGGUCCCCACCCCCAUUGAUAAAGCAAGAGAUUCCACUAAUCAACCCUGAUAAGGCACACCUGUGAAGUGAGAACCAUUUCAGGUGACUACCUCUUGAAGCUCACAGUCAAACAUUUCACAGAGUCAUGCACAGCCAGUUAUCUGGAAAUCAAUGUCAAUAAAACAGAAGAAAUAUGGUUCAACCCCCUCACCUCAGCACCCCAUCAUCAUAAACACACAAACAGUUGACACUUUUAACCUUGUAACCUUGGACAAUAAACUCACCUUUGAUCAGCACACCACGGACAUUCAAAAGAGAAGUCAAAUCUUACUUUGUGCUAAAUUUCCAUUUGAAUAAUGUACUUUUUAUGGAAGCCUUUUCUGGGAUAACAAAAAUGUAGCAUUGCACGCAAAUAAUAAUUGAGAUGAAUAAAGUGCUAACUUAAAACUUUUACCUUGAACAAAAUACUUCUGGAAAUAAAAAUGCAGUAUUAACUUUGUAUGCAAAUAAAUAAUAAGUAAAUUAUCGGGAAGAAUAUAGUUUGUGUGAAUAAUCACAGGCUUUUUCAUUCCCACAUCUUGGCGAUGUGCAGAGCUAAGAUGAUAGUUAGAUUUUAUUUUAAUUAGGGUCCAACAAGCCCAAAUAGCAAAGAGAAAUUAAAAAAAGCAUGUAAACAAACAGCUUGGGCCUUAAGAGGUUUAAUGUAAAUAGAAAAAUUGUUUUGUAAUUAUUACACUGUACAAUUUUAUGGAUAACAGGCUUAAAUAUUUAUUUUUAAUUUAUAUAAAAUGUUUUUUAAUGAACGAUGAUAUAGUAUUUGUAAACACAAAGCUAACAGUUCAUUAUUAUUACAGAUUAUAACUACUUUCCAAGCUAAAUUGAUUUUCCAUUAUUAACAUUAACAACAUUAUUAUUACAGAUUCAUGCAUAAGUACUUUCCAAACUAAAUUCAUACGCAUGUAAUUAUUUCAUUAAAUACAGUUGUUACAUUAUUAUAUAGUGUUAAAUUAUAUGUAAUUUAAUGCAGUACAUGUUUUAUUUUCUGUCAAAAUGGAAAGAAUUAAUAUAUUUAGCAAGAAAAGAUAAAGUACUUUAUUGAGGCGUAUUAUUUCCAGGCUUUAGCGGGCCAUAUAAAAGGAUGCGGUGGGCCAGGUCUUGAGUUUGACACCUGUGCGUAUAUUAGUGAGACUAAUCCACCUAUUCUAGAAGCAAAACACCAGGAGGCGGGGUGGAAAUUCAGGGCGGAUUUGAAGGAUGACGCUUUGUUUAGCCAUUAUCUUAUUUGCUCGUUUUAAGCAGAUGCUGGCGGGGGGCAGCUAAUGGACUUAAUGUCACUGUAAACUGGGCAAAUAGAAUUUCCCAGCACGUCUCACUUUCGCCUUCAUUUCAUUUGCCAAAUAAUGGAAAUAAAGUAGCAAACAUGCACAUUUAAUCCGACUGUAAAUACCAGGCGGUCGAUUCCGGAUCAGUCUUUAGGUAGCGCCUAUUAAAACCCAGGUGGCUGUCAAUGAAUAUGAAUGUUUGGUAGUCUGCUCACCUUGUUCUGCUUGAGAGCGCCCUUCUCCUUCAUGUGAGGACAGUCUUUGCCUGUGAUCACAGCCUUGAUGUCCGCCACCGGCACUGAGGACAUGAUUACACUCAUUAUUCUAUUCUCACGUCUUCCCAAUCAACAAGUACAAGUCAAACCAAGAAAAAUAACUCUAAAAGUACACUUCAGCACAUUAGUAUGGCAUAAAAUGUGGAAAAAUCACAUCUGCACAAUAUAAAUCAGGCCACAAAAUUAGACAGGGCUGCCACUAGUUUCCUUUAACGGCACUAUGAGAAAUGACUAAAUAUGUGUCACCCCCCCUAAUCCUGUAUGAUGUAAUAUCAUUUUAAUUAUAAUGCAAGUUACCUUUUAAAACAAAACUUCUUUCUCUUUACUGUUUUAUUUUUUUGCAAUUGUCAUUGAAAACUUUUCUGUUAUCCUAAAUACAUUGACUUUCAAUCUCUGUGAGCAAAAACGACAUUUCAAUAAAUAUUGAAUAUCUUGAAGUGCAGUGGAAAAACUGG